ACUACUACCGACCAAUAGUUCAAGGUAGGAGUAGCAGUGAGCACUUCGUGAUGGAAAUCAAUUAGUCUUGUAAAUUCGUACUUUUCCAAGUCGUUUAGAACGGAAAACUGACUUCAAUUCGACUAAAAUAGGCGAAAAACGUCAAUUUCCAGACAGCUCUUCUCCGUAUUUGCAUUUCUGCAUUUAUUUUUGCAUUUCUGUCCCAAACGUCAUUUCUGUCACGUCACAACAUAUUCUAUUCCACGACACGCGUCUCUCAUCCAUGUCAGACCACCACCAAGUUCAGUAUCAAGGCUGCAUGUAAAUGUUUCCGUUCGUGUCCCCCCUCCUCCCUUCAAUUUAUUUAUAAAUAUUCUACACAUUUCCCAUAAAAUAACUCACGAUAUUACGUUUACUACAGAUUAAGCCAUGUGUUUGUUAUUGGUUGACGCAUUUGCAUUCCCCCAUAAAAAAAUAUGUCUGUGUGUGUGAUCAACUUCCAUAAAACUUGAACCGUGCAUAGACGAACGAUUCCAGGGAGAAAGUUGUAAGUUGAACGUACUUACUACGUGUGUGUUAGUGACAUUUGACGUGAAUUUCACACGGGGAAAGUUUAUAGUAACAAAAGUUGAGCAUCACAUACGAGUAAAGUAGAAAUUGCGUAUGUUUCGCAUAUCUGUAUUUUUCUAUGAAUCAAGUAUUGACUAUUCCUCCUUCUCGCACAAGUAUUUGCUUUGUCGCUAAAGUGUGAUCGAUUAUGAAUAUGUGAAGAAACACCAAUCCUACAAAUAUUACCACAACUACCAGCAGCCGAAGCAGCAACUAACAAGGUUUGAUACCAAAAGUUGAGAGGUGGUUGAGUGAGCAAUGACCAUUUUCGCCGAUAUAUUAAGCCGCAUGUCACUCUAUCAUCAUCAUCAUGCAGCCGUACGUAAGCUACCGUCGACUAUUUGCCAUUUCAUUAUCAUUGUCCGGCAAAAUAACUAACAAGACUUUUUUUUUCUCCGUACUGCCAUAUUAUUCAUCACCAUCGUGUCCAAGUGGUUGGUCACAUCACCCAUCCGGUCCAGAAAAAUUGACGUUCCUGUUUCUAUAAUCAGGAAAGCAGCUGCUGCAGAGGAGUAAAUAAAGCGACCGCAUAGCUGGGGGUCGGUCCUUAGUUGAGAUUAUGCAGGCACGAGGGAACAUGAGAGACUGAAAAUUGUAGGCACACACUAAUUGAUAAGUUGACCUUAUCAUUGCACAAAAAAACGUCACGAUAGGUAACUCCAUGGGGAACAGUAAGCAUAGCACGGUGAGCACGAGUGUCAGUUUGCCAGACCAGUCGAGACCCAAUCGCUUCAUUACGGGGGGAAGUAAUAAGGCGUCCACGCGGAGGAGAAAGUCCGACCCCAACGAUUAUGCAGACGUGCAACUGGGUAGACUUCGCUCUGUGGACUUCAGGCUGGGGAACGUCCUAAUCCAAUCUGGCAGUGGGGGUGACAUGGUUAGAACGGAUGGCUUGCUCUUGGACCGGUUGUGGAGUCCGAAUACGUUCGUGUUUUCCAGGACAUGUGAAAAACACCAUCAAGGUUUCGGAUUCAACUGUGAUAUUUCCUGCCGUAAAGAAAACGGAGAACCGGACGGGGUUUACGUCGUGAAACAGAUGGCAAAGCCAAAAAGACGCUUUAUUGGUCUGGAAGACAGCCCACUUGAUAUUUUCGAUGUGAAUCCAACCUUCCAAAGACAAGUGUUGGGGCUCGUAAUUAAAAAGGUGGACACUGGCGAGAAAACUACAGUACUUGAAGUGAUUAGCGGUGUCACGGUAUUCAGUAUUCAAGGUGUGCUGGGUCACAUCAUGGUGAAGGAGGAUUGGACAAAUCAUUACGAAAUUCAAAACGGUGACGGGGAAGUUUUUCUCAGAGCGGCGAGGUUUAAUCGAAUUUCUGGCGGUGUGGAAUUCCAAAUUUAUCCAGCCGAAAAUGACGCCGACAAAGACCAAGAUGGUCCCAUAUCACAUAAUAAACUCUGUCUAGCAACCCUGGUGAGACUUGAAGAAUCGAAAUUCAUCCUUAAAUUAUAUGCCCCUUCUUCCCCUGCCGCAAAAGGGUUGAUGUUGUCCUUCACCCUCUUACUAAUGUACCUCAUGUCGAGAUAACCUUGUAUCCGGAUAACCUUGGCCUAAGAAGAAAUCCAUGCAUGCGUAUAAAUACUUGUCAAGCUUUUAUAUAAGGCAGUAUUUAUGUACUGCAUAUUCCAUGCAUAAUUUAGCGAAGUGCAGUUUGUUAGCGAGUAAAUAUAUAGUUUUGUAUAUAAAUAAAUUUAGAAUAAAAUUGCAUGACAUGCAAUAAUAAUUUAUUGAGAGGACUUGUUCAAAGGACACGCUGAUGAUAUAGCUCGAUCGCUCCGAGAAGGAGUGGCUCUUGUCCCAAUUCCUUUUCAAUUUCGAAUAAAGCUUGUCUAUUUAUAUUGCGAAAAUAAAUUCAAAGUGAAUUUCUAAA